AUGAAGAAACUCACGGGAACGUUUCGCAACACGCAAUGGGAUCCGUACCUGCUCAUCACCCAGAUCGUUGCUAUGCAGGCCCUGCUGUACGUUAGCCUCGGGACAAUCAUGUAUGUGAUGGAUUUUUUCGCCGAAGCUAACCACACGCUCGAUCACAUAUUUGAGUAUCAUGAAAUACACGUAACCGAUCUCGGUGGACGAUUGGUUAUAGUGGCCUUCAUACUCAACUCCCUAGUCGGUGCCGGGCUGCUGUGGUUCAUCGUGCGGCGGACAAAGCUGUGUUUGGAUUUUAGCUUUACCUUCCAUUUCACCCACCUGGUAAUAUGCUGGUGGUACAACGAGGCCUUCCCAUCGACGAUCGGCUGGUGGAUGCUGAAUGCCGUCUGUACCGCCCUGAUGUGUGUGUGCAGCGAGUUUCUCUGCCUGAAGACGGAACUGAAGGAAAUCCCCGUUGGAUAUACUGCACUGAACAACAAGGUUGAUUUGUGA